GUAGCUCUCUUGACAGGUGGCGCCUCGAGCGCUGAAUUAUCGGACUUUUUUUCUAGCAAAUAUGUUAAUGUAGUAGUAGUACAGCAAAUCGUAGUGUAUAUGUAAUUUUACAAUGAUAUAUUUUUUAUACGAAUAAAUUGACGUCUCGUAAAUGAGAUUCAAAUAAUAAACUCGGGUCUUUCUCCAUCUUCUGAUACGGUUAUUAUCUCGUUUCAGUCGAAGGACAGAUAAGAGAUAAUUUAUGAAGUAAUUAACCUUGCAUUUUCGUAUCUCGCUAAAAUUGUUAUCGGCGUUAUAAUAUGACUGCAUCAUCGAAUACCGAUGCUGAAAAAGAAAUUGAAGAUCCUGUCGAGCGGAUGCUAAAAAGGACCGGUUGCAUGGAAUUGCAUUAUCAAGUUCAAGAAUGUAUAGCUGAGCACCAAGAUUGGAGGAAGUGUCAAAAUGAAGUAAAAAAGUUUAAAGAGUGUAUGGCUGAACACACAAAGCGGCAAGAUUUAAAAUAAUAAUAAGUAUCUAUAAUUUAAAAAUGUGGUUGAUAAAUAG